CGCUGUGUUUAACACCAAAUAUCAGAAUACAAAAACAACCAGGGUAUUCGAAAAAUCGCCGGGAAAAAAUAUCACGAAUUGAUAUUUUCAUUUUUGUACAAAAAUAAAAGAACGGUAUAAAAUUUAUUGCGCUUCACCAGACGGCAAUAAACAGAAAUAAAAUUUCGAAAAACCAACAACUGUAGCAAAAGCAACAAUCAAAAGUUUAUACGAAAAGCGUGCGUGCGUUCGUUGCCGCUUAAUAAAAAUGUGUACAAAAUUCCAAAAGUGCAAAUUUAUUUAAAUAACUCCGCAGUGCUCAACGUUCAAAGUUAACAAACAAAUCAAAUAAAAGUAAACCAAAACAAAAACAAAACUGAAAUAGAAGUUUCCUAGACUGGAACAAAAUACGCGAGCCUAAUUGAAUUUGGUGCGCAGAGGAGUAGAAAAAAUAUUGCAACCUGUAGCGCGGGCUUUGGCUUUGAUUUUGAUUUUGAAUACGGCUUUUGUGCAAACAAGCCGGAAGCCAAUCCCAAAUGCAAUUGUUUUGAACCGCAGCUGAGCAGAGCUUUUACCUGUUAGACAACAAAUCAAGCGGCAGCAGCAGCAGCGGCACAAAAGCAACAAUAUGUGGUGCAUUGUCAACUUGCCCAACGGCACCCAACAAGCCGUCAAGUGGGAUCCCAAAGCCAAUGGUCAGGAGUGUCUGGAGAAGGUCUGUCGUGCCCUGAACAUCAUCUGCGAAAUGGAGUACUUUGGCCUGGAGCACUGGACGCCCAACCAGAAGGAGUCGCAGACGCGCCAGUGGAUCAACCUGCGCAACCGGCUGUCUGGUGACAGCGGAUCAAGUGGCAGUGGCAUCCAGCUGAUGCUGGCCCUGCGGGUCAAGUUCUGGGUGCCGGUGCACUUCAUCCUGCAGGAGAGUGUGCGCAAUCUGUUCUACAUGCAGGCCAGGCGGGAUCUGCUCGAGGGUCGCCUCACUGCACCCGACUGGAGUGGAGCGGCCAAGCUGGCGGCCCUGCUCUGCCAGGCAGAUGGAUUGCGCUUCAAUGAAUCCUCCCUUCGGGCCGACUGCCCCAUGAGGAUGAGGCGGGAGCUGGCCCAGCAGCAGCAGCAACAGCAGCAGGCGCAGCAACAGCGGUUGGAGCAGCAGCGCAAGGAGAAGGAGCAUGUGCUGAGCUUCAAGAAGCGACGCCUGUCCAAGCAAAAGUCCAUGGAGCACAUCGAGAUCUGCACGCUGCCCACAACCAAUGCCACGAGUUGCAGUCUCCAGCCCUCGCCAUCCGCCUCCGCAUCCGCAUCCGCCUCAGCAUCCGCAUCCGCCUCCACAUCCGCCUGCUCGCAAACCCACUCGAACAGCAGCUCCAGCAGUCCCAGCAAUAGUAGCAGUCAAACGGGCCUCGAUGAGAGAUUGGCCAGCAAUCCGCUGCGCAUGUACGAGGAGUACCUGAUCCAGCCCAGCUCUGAGGGUGAACCGCCGGCGGAUUACCUGAGGCAAAUAGCCAUGGAGCACGGCAAGCUGGCCAAGCUGCAGAUGAGCCUCAAGUCGGCCAAGUACUGGCUGCUCCAGUCCAUCCAGGAUCUGGAGGGCUAUGGCGAGGAGCUGUUUAGCGGAGUGACCACCAAUGAAAGUGCCACGCGAUGCGACAUUGCGGUGGGCGCCCAUGGCAUCACCGUCUGCCGGGGGGGUGAUAAACAAAGCAUUCCCUUUGGCGCCAUAGCUGCGGCCAAGUCGCUGCGUCGCACUUUCAAACUGGAGUAUGUGGAUGAUCACAACGAUCGCAAGGAGCUGGAGAUCAAGUUGCCCAAGCAGCCGAUCGCAGCGGGUCUAUACCGCUCCAUAACUGAGCGCCAUGCGUUCUAUGUGUGCGACAAGGUGCGCGGCGUGGUGACCAACCAGUUCACCCGGGAUCUCAAGGGCACCAUUGCCUCCAUGUUCAUGGAGAACACGGAGUUGGGCAAGCGCUAUGUGUUUGACAUCCAGCACACCUGUCGCGAGGUCCACGACCAGGCGAGAAGGACUCUUCAUGAGCGCGGUGGCGAUUUGAUUGCCGAGGGAGCCGAAGGAUGCUCUGCUGCCGCUGGAGGAUUGGGCGCCACUGCCGGAGGCGAUCCCAUGGACGCCGUGGCCGGGGUCAGCGGGCUGGCGACUGGUGCCGGCGGCUCCAUGGCCGGCAAGAUAGAUUUGGCCAUUCGCGAGAAGGAGGCGCGUGAGGCGGCGAUUGAGCGUUGCGUGGAUACGCGCAUCUCGGAGGCCAUGCAGUGCAAGAUCUGCAUGGACCGCGCCAUCAACACGGUGUUCAAUCCUUGCUGUCACGUCAUCGCCUGUGCCCAGUGCGCUGCGAGAUGCAGCAACUGCCCCAACUGUCGGGUGAAGAUAACCAGCGUGGUCAAAAUCUAUCUGCCGCCGGAGCUGCGCACCAGCCAAACCGGCAGCGGCGCCACAACCACCAGCAGCAGCAACAUCGGCGACGGUUGCUCCGUGGAGGAGCAGCUGCACCAGCUGGAGGAGAUCUCGGUGGCACCCGCAUCCCUGGAGGCGGCGGCAGGAGCAGGAGCAACCGGACCUGGGGGACAGCCAAAGGUCACGACGGCCGCCUAGAAUUGGUUGUGCUCGCUGCUGUUCCGGCUGAUGGAAUGGGUGUGCGUGCCGAUUGUCUGAGAACCAAAAUGAUCCACUGUUAAUCUAUGACCACAACCUAAAUGGGGAACAAACCAACUAGAGAUACAUUAUGCAAAGGGGGAAUUUGUGACCCGCCUGUAUGGGUUCGAAAUGGAUUUAAAAGCGGAGUAGUCAGUCUGUCAACAAUCUUAGCUCUAUCUUUACUCAAGUAUUUUACCGACAUAAGCAACUGAAACUUUAACUUUAACUGUAACUGUAACUGUAACUGUAACUCUAACUCUAGAUCCUAGCCAUAUACACGAUAUAUUUACUAUUUAUAGAUGUACGGACUUCGAGAAAGUGCUAUUCAAACUCGUCUAAGACUUCACUGCAUAGCCUAUGCCUAGAAUCUAUAACUGCAGAUUGUUUCAUAUUCAUAUACAACACUAUACACAUAGAUAUAUUUACGAUCGUUAUAGAUCAGCGAUACCUUAUACGAUAUAGCCCUUGAAUGUACAACAUAGUUACUUACUAAAUGUUAGCAAUUUUACCAACUAAACUCGAGAUGUAUUUAUUAACGCCUAAACUCUUUAGUAUUCCACCCCUACCCGAAGAAGCCCCCAAAUUCUCAUAUAUAUAUAUAUAUACCCUAUGGAUACAUAUACUAAAUGAACAUAUAUAUAUAUUAGCGUGUGUAUAUAGGACAAGCGUACAAUAAUCGCAAACCCAAGGAGCAAAGUAGUACUAAGUACCUGCAAAACAAACAGAAACGGAAACAGAACACGAAACACGAAAAGUAUCUCUGCAGUGGAUAUUACAUAGUCAAUAAUAAAUGUUAACAAUGUUAUACUAUAUAUAUACAUAUACAUGUAAAAGAAAAACCAAUGAAAAUACCUUAAAUGUACCUA